CCGAGCAAAUCCGAUAGCUUUGUCGCGUUGACAAUCGCCCGAAGCGCCGAAAACCUUCCCAGAGUCUUGACUUUGCAGAGCUUGCUAUAAAGUGCUGUCUGUGAGGGGUGCGGCUAACCAUUAUAAAGCCCUGCGGCGCGUAUCUCUCACUCACAGAGCUUCUUCGGACUUGCUUCGCCACAAUCAUGACCACUGUAUAUCCGUUCUGGCUUGGAGGCGUCGCGGCAUCCAUGGCCGCUUCGUGUACGCAUCCUCUGGACCUAACUAAGGUUCGAAUGCAAACCAUUAAAGCCGCCGCGGGAACCAAACCUCCUUCCAUGUUCUUCGUCCUACGCAAAUCUAUCGUGUCUCAAGGUUUCCGUAGCAUAUACACUGGCCUUACCGCUUCGUUACUGCGGCAAAUGUCGUAUUCUCUAGUGCGUAUUGGGGCCUACGAAGAAAUGAAGCGACGAUUAUCGCAAAAGGGCAAGCCUUCUUCGAUACAAUUGCUAGCUGCUGCAUGUCUCGCCGGAGGAUUAGGCGGAAUAGCUGGAAAUCCUGCAGAUAUUCUACUCGUCCGGAUGACCAGCGACGUGAUCAAGCCACAGGAGCAUCGGUUUAAUUAUUCAAACGCGCUUUCUGGCCUUGCCAAUCUAGCCCAGCAGGAAGGUUUCAAGGGAAUGGCUAGGGGUCUCGGGACUAAUGUUACUAGAGCAAUGUUGAUGAACGCAUCUCAAGUGGGGUCAUACGAUCUCUUCAAGUCAUCCCUUCUGAACAAAACUAUCCCUGUUUUGGACUAUCAACUACACGACAGCCUUGCGCUCCACACGCUCGCCAGUCUUCUUGCAGGAACUUUCGCAACUACUGUUUGCUCUCCUGCAGAUGUUCUGCGGACACGAGUGAUGACCUCGACUUCCAAGGAUAGUGUGCUCCAUAUAUUAAAGACCUCCUUACAAAAGGAAGGUCCGAAGUUCCUGUUCAAGGGGUGGACACCGGCAUUCAUUCGUCUAGGGCCCAAUACUGUCCUGCUCUUUGUUUUCUUUGAGCAACUCAAGAAAGGAUGGAACGCAAUAGCAAUAGAAACAGCUUGAGUUAUGAUUAAUAUGGUUUGCAUUUAUACUGACCGGACUAUCUAAUAUAUGUAUCAUAUCCCUAUCUGCAAUUCCUUCUAAUUCUCAGUAGAUACUUAUUAUGUAGAGCGUUUCGUCUCAUUAGAUUGACUCCGUCUUCCGUUUGUUAGUUCAUUCUUGUACAUAUACAUUUAAUGAUCGUAGAGCAGUCCUUCCAUCCAAAGUUUCUCAUGGGAAGACAAACUUUUGCAAAAUAUGGGUCACUCAAUACCUUCAGGCUGCAUAGCUAGUUUUGG